AUCGAGCGAGGCCCCGCCCCCUGUUCUAACCGGUGGCGCCUGCGCGGUGCGGGCCGGCGGGGCCCGGGAACCUCCGCUGGGGCAGUCGCCCGGGCCCGUCCGUAUGAGGAGGCAGCCGCCGCCGCCGGGCCCCGCCAGCGCCAUGUCGGAGCGGCCCGGCAAAGCCGCCUGCCUCAUCAUCGCCAGCGCGGCCUCCGGGGGUGUGUCUGCCCAAUCCUUUCUUCAUUCUUUUACACUGGCUAGCGCUGCUUUUAAUCUACAAGUUGCCACUCCAGGGGGGAAGCUAAUUGACUUUGUCGAUGUGAAUGAGAGCAACAUGCGUUGGAUACAGGACUUCCGAAUGAAAUCUUAUGCAAAUCCUGCCAAGUUGGAGUCAAUUGAUGGUGCUAGAUACCAUGCCCUGUUGAUUCCUAACUGUCCUGGGGCUUUGACUGACCUUGCAAACAAUGGAUACCUAGCUAGGAUAUUGCAGCACUUCAGCAAUGAGAACAAGCCUAUUUGUGCUGUGGGACAUGGAGUUGCUGCUUUAUGCUGUGCCACAAAUGAGGAUAAAUCGUGGGUAUUUCAGGGAUACAGCCUGACAGGGCCCUCUGUGUAUGAGCUGAUAAGGCAGCCCAGUUUUGCCAGUUUGUCCAUUAUUGUGGAGGACUUUGUGAAAGAUUCUGGAGCUACCUUUAGCGGAAAUGAAGGAGCAGGCCUCCUUGUAGCUGGGAUGGAUGAAGAGCCAGAGAGACUGAAGGCUUUCUUGUCUGUGAAGGGGAUGUCUUGCAGAUGGAGAGGGCCAUCAGCACUUCUGUUGACUCGGUGAUCAUGAAGAGGCAGUACCAAUCUCCUGUCAAGGAUUUUCUUUUAGUUCUCUGCUGCCAGAACAUACAUCUCAGCUGCAGUUUUCAGUGGACCUUCCAGUGACAUGAUGUGGAACAUCUAUUUCAUUAGCAAGUAGAGGUCCAGACUGAGGCCAUGUCUAGACUACAAAAUUAAGCCAACCUUAUUUACAUCAGGAUACAGUCAUUGCGGUAAUUACAUCACUUGUGUGUGUUUACACUUUGCUACUUAUGUCAGCGGUGCACGUCCUCACCAGGAGCGCUUGCACCAGUUGAACUAUCAGUGUGGGGCAGUGUGGAACAGCCAGCAACAGUCAAUGUAAGCAACAGUGUCUGCACACACUGUGUUGACCUAACUAAAUCAACAUUGACUCUGCGCCUCUCAUGGAGGUCGAGUUAAGUCAGUGUAACAGGCCAGUUACGUCUGUGGAAGCGAAAUUUUACUGUAGAUGCUUAUAUAGGUCACUGUAAGCUGUUUUGCGUCUACCUAACUCUAGAAUAGACCAGGACUGAGAUUGGGGCCCUGUUGUACUGGUUGAUGUAUUCACACAGAGCAAGAGAGAGGCUCUCCCCAAAGAACUUACAGUCUAAAUAGACAAAACAGACGCCCUAUCCACUAGACCAGAGGUUCUCAAACUGGGAGGCGGGCCCCUGGGCGGGGGGGGGGAGGGGAAGGGCAGCAGACUGUAUUUGGGGGGAGGGGCGAAUGAGCUGCUUUAGGGGGAACAAACUUACUGUGCACAUUUUACCCACAGCAAUAAAUAACUAGCAAAGCUGAUUCCUCCAGACAUCGUAGCUCCUCAGAUGGCGCUGUGCAUUUGACUCUAGAUGGCACUGUGCAUAUUGAUGGAUUUUGUUAACCUUGCAUUAUACAAAGUUGUUGUCAUCUGUAUGUUAAUCUGUUUGCUACGACACGGCAUGCACAUUUCAUUGUAAGCAUCGACCACAAUCGCUGUUUUGCUUUUGCUCUUAUUACAAUGGAUUGUUGGCUCUGUUUGGAUCAAAGCCUUACUUGUUUUUAAUAUUUAAGUGAGAGCUGCAUAUUGCUUUUUUUUAUUGUGGUGUGUGUGUGUGUGUGUAUAUAUAUAUAUAUACACUUGUGUAGCAGGAGGAGGGGGCAUAAACUACUACAGAUACAAGGGGGGCACAAUCAAACAAGUUUGAGAAAUACUGCACCAGUCUACACUGCCUCCCAUAUCUCUCUAGCAUGUUCCCAGCUUUGAUAGUCCAUAUUCCUGCCUCUCCCUUCAUUUCCCCCCUUUCUCUCCCCCAUUUAAAAGCAGUUGAGAGAAACCUAGUUCUCUAAGGGCAGGAAACUGAAACUUGCUCUCAAGACUGCCAAUCUUUUCUGCUUUUAUUUUUCUUAUUGAAACAUUUAGGGGCCAGUAGAGAAGACUUGUAAUUUCACCAAGGCUCAUUUCACCCAAAAUUAGAGUCCCAAGUACUAUUUUUUCCCCCAGUGACAGCUUGAACUAGAAGUGUGAUGGCAAGAACUUGUGGUUUUGAAAGCGCAAAGUGAAACGUAACUUAAUUCAAAAUAGUUUUUGAUUGGAUUUGGGUAGUAAACUGGGUUCUAUUUCAAGCUGUGCCUUGGGCUUCCUAUCUGAUUUUGUGCAAACUUAUUAACAUCUCAGUUCCCCAUCUGGAAUAAGGGACUACAACCACGUUGCCAUCUCAGGGGAGUGCUGAGGCUUGAUUCCUAAUUGGCAAUGUGUUUGGUGACCCUUGGAUUGAAGAUGCUAGAUGAACUCAAAGUAUUAAAAAGGUAACUGUCCAUCGUAACACUUCCUGUUGUAGCUGCUUAUGUGUUUUUUUUGACUCUUGUGACUAUCUACUAAACUUUGUAUGCACCUGUACGAGGAAGUUUUCCAGGUUAAUCAUUGUAAAAAAUAUGUAUAUGUUAAAUGUACUACAUAAUAUU